UGGGCCGCCAUCGCCGGCGGGGCCGCCGUGCUGCGCACCGCCGUCACCCUGCCGCUGGCCGCGCACCAGGGCCGGCUCCUCGCCAAGCUAGCUGGAAAACCUGCAGCCUGAGAUUAAGGAACUUGCCCAGCGCCUUCGCUAUGAAGUUUCAGUGCGUGGGAAGCAGCUGGGGUGGUCUGAAAAGGUGGCCAGGUUCCACUUCGCCAAGAACAUGCGGAGGAUUGUCUCGGAGCUGUACGUCCGGGACAACUGCCACCCCUUCAAGGCCACCGUGCUGCUGUGGGUGCAGGUCCCCAUGUGGGUCUGCGUGUCCCUGGCUCUGCGCAACUGCAGCGUCGGCGCCUGCGGCCCAGCAGUACAAGAACAGUUUUCCUCAGGAGGAGCACUGUGGUUUACAGACCUCACAGCACCUGAUUCCACUUGGAUUUUGCCAGUUUCCCUGGGGCUGGUGAAUUUGCUGGUGGUGGAGAUCUUUGCUUCCCAAAGGAAAAUGCCGGUUUCCCGGUUCCAGAGGAUUGUUACACACUUCUUCCGCGCUGUGUCCGUGGUGAUGAUCCCCAUUGCAGCCACUGUGCCCUCUUCCAUGGCGCUGUACUGGCUGUCCUCGAGCCUGGUGGGACUGUGCCACAACCUCCUGCUGCGCUCUCCCGCCUUCCGCCGGCUCUGCUGCAUCCCAAGGACCAAAUCCGACUCGGAUACUCCUUACAGGGACAUGGUGGCUGCCCUGGCCACCAGAUACAGCUUUAGGAAACAGCAACACUGAGCUCCAGGGAGAGCUGUCUCAGGAAUGAAGCAGUGCUGUUCUAGUGAGAUGUACUUACUUGCUGUGUAUUUAUUUUGCAAAUAAAACACUGGCUGGCCAUAAAGAAGGAAUGGUCAGCAAAAAUGUGUCUUUACUGGGAAGCUUUGUUUCAAGGGUGGUUGUUUUGUAGUUGCAAUAGUCCAGAAAUCCAGGUUUGUCUCCUGAGUUAUCGUAAGGAAUCGGGCAGGUGAGUGUUGAAUAAAACUGUGACUCAUAUA